AUGUCUGUAUAUUUCACAGAAUGGCGCAAAUUGCCUAUUAGCCUGAGUGAGCUCUGUAUUAAUACCACAUUGAGAUGUGGCCAAUCUUUUAGAUGGCAGCAACGUCCUGACAGUGAUGAAUGGCGAUGCGUCCUCCGCGGGCGUCUCGUAUCAUUGCGACAGGACCAAUCGUACUUGUACUAUCGAUCUUGCACUCCCCAUAAACCAACAUCUUCAGUCCCGACGAUGAAUGGUACGGUGAAUACAUCAGACGAGACCCGCGAAAUAGUCACUCAUUACCUCAACUUGACCUCUAACCUCACCGACCUAUACAACCAAUGGUCCGACUCCGAUCCCAAUUUCAAGAAAAAAGCGCCUAACUUCACGGGCAUACGCAUUCUGCGUCAGGAUGCAUGGGAGGCCCUCGUGUCAUUUAUCUGCAGCAGCAACAACAAUAUAGCCCGUAUAUCGCAAAUGGUGGAGAAACUAUGCGCAAACUACGGUGAUCUGGUGGCUACCAUUGACGAUCGAUCUUAUCACGAUUUCCCGGCUCCGGAAGCGUUGACUGGUAAAGAUGUUGAAGCGCGACUGAGAGAAUUGGGCUUUGGUUAUCGUGCGAAAUACAUAUAUCAGACUGCGGUUAUGGUUUCGGAAAAGGAAAAGGGCUGGUUAGACUCGCUACGCAAUCCAGAAAGCCCUGCGUUUGGCGUUGCGCCGAGCCAGGGAGGUGAAAUGCGACCUGAAGGUAGAGAGGGUUACCGUGAUGCCCACGAAAAACUUCUCGAACUACAAGGAGUUGGACCCAAGGUGGCUGAUUGUGUUUGUCUAAUGGGUCUUGGCUGGGGAGAAGCAGUGCCAGUCGACACGCAUGUCUGGCAAAUUGCGCAAAGAGAUUAUAAGUUCGGCAAGGGCGGUAACAAAUCAUUGACAAAAGCCACCUACGAUGCCGUUGGAGCACAUUUUCGCAAACUUUGGGGGAAAGAAGCCGGGUGGGCUCAUAGUGUCCUCUUUACGGCAGAUCUCAGAAGUUUCUCUGAUCGGCUAGCUACUAAGGUUGAGGUUAAGGUUAAGCAGGAGGAUGAUGUGCCAGUGAAAACAACAAUUACGUCUCCAGUGGCCGUUAAAAGGGCGCUUGACGAAGACGAUACGAAGCCAGUCAAGAAAGCAGACCUUGUUGUCCAGGUGACUGAGACUGUGGUUACUCGCCGGAGAUCUAAACGGCAACGCAGGUGA